AUGUCCUCACCACCACAAGCCUCGUCAUCCUCUUCUGCCACUCCCCCUCCGUCCAUCCCAAAACAAAUCUCGGGCCUCCGGUCGGCUCUUCAAUAUACUGGCAUACCGCCUUCAUGGCUUGAAAAACGUCCAAAGCUUCCCUCCCGGAACUGGCUUAUUUUCAUCGGCGUAACGUCUACGGCGGUUGGAUGCUACCUGUAUGACCGGCGGGAAUGUAAGAGGAUAAGGGAGGAGUAUUGUGACAAAGUGAAGUCUCUGAGCGAGGAGCCACUUCACAGUAUGGGGCAUUUGAGGAAGGUGACGGUGUAUGGUGCGAAGUGGCCGGGAGACGAAGAUUGGGACCGGAGUACGAAGUACUUUAGGAAGUAUGUGAAGCCCAUCCUCGUUGCUGCUGCUGUCGACUAUGAGAUGAUCGCUGGCAAGCGACAUGGCGAGCUCGCUACUCGCAUCGCAAACGAUAUCAAGACAGAACGUCGUAUCGCGGCCGGUCUCGAAGCUCCUUGGCAAGCCCAAACCAACAUGCCCAUCAUGAUGCAAGAUACUCCCGAAGCCCGGAUGCGUCGGAAGAUGGAGGGCGGAACUAUCUUGGUCGGACGACCAGCGUUCAAGGAGUACAUGGCUGGUCUGCGAAGAGGAUGGGUGGAGAGUCCUGCGAGGAUUGAUGCCGAGGAACAACUUUCGAGAGAAUUGGUAAACGACACUCAUUUUGAUGAAGUGGAAUCUGCGGAGAGCUCUGCUGUUCAGGCAGUCGACACUUCCGCACUAGCCGACGAUGAACCUAUCCCCACAGCGUCCCGUUUACCCUCUUCACGCCCUCCAGGAAUGUUUUCUCCCAUGUCUUUACGUGCCCCAACUUCCUCUACUCCUUCGCCAACUCCCGAGAAGAAGGACCCAGCUGCUGACAUUGCCCCUCCGGCCCGCAUACCACCACAACCGCCUCUCCUUCUCGUUCCCUUCGUGAACCACAUUGGAUUCACCCAAAUUCCUUACAUGAUCUGGGACUUCUUCAACGAGCGCACCAAGGUCAAGGCUGGUGCCGAAGCUGCCUACCGCAUUAUCAUGAAUGAAACAGAACCAUUCGUCGCUCCUGCCUCUCCCUUCGUAUCCGAAUCCCUACCUUCCGAAUCCUCAACCCCUUCCCCCUCUAUACUUGGUCACCUCAGCUUUGACGCUGCAGCCGAAGCCUUCUAUAGAUCCAAUACCGCUUCCAUCCCCUCCGAUAUCCAAAGGAAGCGAGAGAAAUUCUACAAAGAACUCCCAGAGAAACUCGCAACCGCUCGUGCGCUCGCUCGUCGAGAGCGAGAGCCCACCAAAGACGAGCUUGCAGUUCCACCACCGACCGAAGUGGAAUUGAGGGCGGAGAGGAUGAAGAAGGAGUUGAGAUGGAGAGCGGAUGAGAAGGGUUGGGAUAUCGUGAGGCCGGGUAGUCCGGUGGAGUGGGAUGAGAGGAUGGAGGGUGCCCUGAGGGUGUUCGUUGAUCCAAAACGGACGGGCAAGGACGGGGAGGCUGAGGAAGCUGGAGGCGCCAAUAUACUCUAGAGUGUGCUCUUGGUUCUGGGGUAACCCUUCUGUGGUCAGACUCGGGACGGGAUGGAUGAAUCGUGAUUCUGCACUGAUCCAGAUGGUAAUACAACAUUCAUACUGCUUGCAUAAUAAUCAUACACCGCACCGUUGCUCUA